AUGGCCGAAGUUCUCGAAGGCCUGGAUGAGAAUGGGAACAUAUCAGGUCCGAGGACAGUAAUAGCCGGGUUUGGUGCUGGGAUUACUGAAUCAUUGCUGGCUGUGACACCAUUUGAGAGCAUAAAGACCUCAUUGUAUGAAUUGACUAUUCUCGCGGGGACGCCAAUUGCUAAAGUAGUCAAAGUAUCGACGAUAAGAGAUCAGGAAAGCCUCGAAUGGCUGGCUUUCUGCAUGGGGUUCGUCCCAACAACGAUGCGGCAGGCUGCAAACUCAGCUACUAGAUUCGGAAGCUACACUACAAUCAAACAGUUCGCUCAAGGAUAUGUUGCGCCAGGCGAAAAGCUAGGGACCAUCAGCACUUUUGGGAUUGGAGGCUUGGCAGGCUUUAUCACAGUGUAG